UAAGCCAGGGCAGAAUGCUUAUGAAGUAGCGACUAACUGGCAGUGUUUAUUCUGAAAUUCUCAGACAGCCAGACUGUCCUAGGCAAACCUUGCUAACAUAGCCCUUAUCUAGGUUUUUAUCGGAGGAAUCCCAGGAAGACUGGAGAAUGGAGAGACAGCAAAGGUUUAUGUCAGAGAAGGAUGAGUAUCAGUUUCAACAUCAGGGAGCAGUCGAGCUGCUUGUCUUUAAUUUUUUGCUCAUCCUUACCAUUUUGACAAUCUGGUUAUUUAAAAAUCAUCGAUUCCGCUUCUUACAUGAAACUGGAGGAGCGAUGGUAUAUGGUCUCAUAAUGGGAUUGAUUUUACGAUAUGCUACAGCACCAACUGAUAUUGAAAGUGGAACUGUCUAUGACUGUGGGAACCUGGCUUUCAGCCCGUCUACUCUACUGGUUAAUAUCACUAACCAGGUUUAUGAAUAUAAAUACAAGAGAGAAGUAAGCCAGCACAAUAUCAAUCCUCACCAAGGCAAUGCCAUACUUGAAAAGAUGACAUUUGAUCCAGAAAUCUUCUUCAAUGUUUUGCUGCCACCGAUUAUAUUUCAUGCGGGAUAUAGUUUAAAGAAGAGACACUUCUUUCAAAACUUAGGAUCUAUUUUAACAUAUGCCUUCUUGGGAACUGCCAUCUCCUGUAUCCUCAUAGGGUUGAUUAUGUAUGGCUUUGUGAAAGCUAUGAUAUAUGCUGGCCAGUUGAAGAACGGAGACUUUCAUUUCACUGACUGCUUACUUUUUGGUUCACUGAUAUCUGCUACAGAUCCAGUGACGGUGCUGGCCAUUUUCCACGAACUGCACGUCGACCCCGACCUGUACACACUCUUGUUUGGGGAGAGUGUUUUGAACGAUGCAGUGGCUAUCGUCCUUACAUAUUCUAUAUCCAUCUACAGUCCCAAGGAGAACCCAAAUGACUUUGAUGCUGCGGCGUUCUUCCAGUCGGUGGGGAACUUCCUGGGGAUCUUUGCUGGCUCCUUUGCGAUGGGGUCCGCGUAUGCUGUUGUCACGGCGCUGUUGACCAAAUUUACCAAGCUGUGUGAGUUCCCAAUGCUGGAAACUGGCCUGUUUUUUCUCCUCUCUUGGAGUGCCUUCCUGUCUGCCGAGGCCGCCGGCCUAACAGGGAUAGUCGCUGUUCUCUUCUGUGGAGUCACACAGGCGCAUUAUACCUACAACAAUCUGUCGUCAGAGUCCAAAAUGAGGACAAAACAGUUAUUUGAAUUUAUGAAUUUUUUGGCUGAGAACGUCAUCUUCUGUUACAUGGGCCUGGCGCUGUUCACCUUCCAGAAUCACAUCUUUAAUGCUCUUUUUAUACUUGGAGCUUUUCUUGCUAUUUUUAUCGCCAGAGCCUGUAACAUAUAUCCCCUCUCCUUCCUCCUGAAUCUGGGCCGAAAACAGAAGAUCCCCUGGAACUUUCAGCACAUGAUGAUGUUUUCAGGUUUGCGAGGAGCAAUCGCGUUUGCCUUAGCUAUUCGGAACACAGAAUCUCAGCCCAAGCAAAUGAUGUUUACCACCACACUGCUCCUCGUGUUCUUCACCGUCUGGGUGUUUGGAGGAGGCACCACCCCCAUGCUGACUUGGCUUCAGAUCAGAGUUGGUGUGGACCUGGAAGAAAAUCUGAAGGAGGAACCCUCUUCACACCAGGAAACAAAUAACUUGGAUAAAAGUACGACUAAAAUGGAAAGUGCUCGGCUCUUCAGGAUGUGGUAUGGCUUUGACCACAAAUACCUGAAACCCAUUUUAACCCACUCUGGCCCUCCCCUGACCACCACAUUACCUGAAUGGUGCGGUCCAAUUUCCAGGCUGCUCACCAGCCCUCAGGCCUAUGGGGAACAGCUGAAAGAGGAUGACGUGGAAUGCAUCGUAAACCAGGAUGAACUAGCCAUGAAUUACCAGGAGCCAGCCCCCUCACCCUGUAGUCCUCCUGCAAGACUGGGUCUGGACCAGAAAGCUUCACCUCAGACUCCAAGCAAGGAAAACAUUUAUGAUGGAGACCUCGGUCUAGGAGGCUAUGAACUCAAGCUUGAGCAAACGCCGGGUCAAUCUCAGUUGAAUUAAUUGGCAUGAAGAAUGCAGAUGUAAUCAUAAGUAAUGUAAGGCUCCCGGAGGACCAUGAGCCAAGCUGAUGAGGCCGUGAGGGGAGAGGCUGGAAAAUGUAUUAGGAGUGUAAAUUGGAGAGAAUCAAAACCUUGUCACAUGUAUCCUCUGGUGCCUGCAGAAAUGAGAAUUUAUUGUCAUCCCUCUAUAUUAUGCAACUGGAUUUAAUUUGUUGACAGCAGCCAUUUUUGUAACUGUACUGGGUGGGGCAGGGGGAGUCAGGAAUCUAGAUACUGUAAGGAUAAACAGAUGUGCUAGGUCUGCAGGGUGUUUCUGCUCCAUACGCAGCCCUCCAGGCUCUCCACUCAGAUUCGGGAUUUUACUCCUGUCCUUCGGGAGAGUUUGACAACACACCCACACACAAAAAAAAGAGCUUCUAAAUUUAAACCUGUUGCUCCUAAGCACAGGGGAACAUCCCGUUAUUUAUUAAGAGUUUUUAUCAUUUGAAGACUUGACUCCCACUUGUCCUAAGUAACCACAGGGCCAUGUCGGAGCCCAAAUAAGCACUCAUUGUUUAUGGCCUCGUAGAACUCUCACCGAGCGCAAGAACUUCCUGUUCUUGUUGCCAUCCUUUUCGCGCUGCUUCUCCCAUUGGGCGAAGAGGUUGCUUAUAGCUGGGUAUGAGCUGCACCCAAUGGAGGGCCGCUGUCCAGCUUGGAAGGGCCCCUUUCAGGGCAAGCUGGCUUCUUUUCUCCAUACCAGUUUUAUGGAAAAUUGAGCCUUCUUGCCCUGGCUUGCAUCUGAGUCACUUCUUGGCUCCAUCAAGCGCCCCAUCUGGAUGCUGGGUAAUAAGAUUCCACAGCACAUGAUGCUCCCUACAUGGCAGGAGACUACAGGUACCAGCCUGUCCUCUGCCACCGGCAUCCACAGCAGAUGAGCAGCACAGGAGUGAGGGUAAAAGGGUCAGCGCUGACGUGCCUGGAUUACCAGGAGCCAGAGACAGAGCAUCAGAACUCCCCCUUCCGAGGCGUGGCUUAUGGCCACAUCUGAGGGACCAACACAAUAGCUUUUAAUUGAGCUGCAUGAACUGUGCCUUUGAAGUCAUAAAGAUACCUCAAGCCUAGCUUCUCUUGAAAUACAGGUGUUAAAACUAGAUUCCAAAAGGUAGGCUCCAGUCGCAGGUGCCCAGGCUGUGAGGAGUCUGCUUCUGAGAACAACCUCCUCCUCAGGCCCAAAGCUUGAAAGUACCGUAUGCUUUGCUGAGCACUGGUGAGGCCUUCAGCACUAACUUUGGUGGUGUCAGGCACACUGCUGGGCACAUCAACUCUUUUGCUUUCCAAACAGUAGAACCUGGGGCACAAAUUCUUUUAUACUCUACUAAGUAUAAUCUUGUCGUUUCAGGUAAACAUGGCAAGAGGUGAAGCAUGAAAUUUUCUAAUUUGACUUAAUCCUAAUAAAAUUUUGUUACAAAGUAUACUU